AUGACUGUUGAUCAGAGAACCGUGGUUGUUAUCGGUGGAGGGCCCUAUGGUGUUCUUACAGCACAGAAGCUGGUUAGAUUGUAUAAUCAUAAGGUGAUACUCAUAUCGAAUCUGGAAUAUUUCUACCUUUUGGCUUCAACUCCAAGAGCGUACAUAUACGACACGCCAUCUGAUUGGGCUGGAAAACUGACAAUCCAGCUGAAAUCGAUUCUACCAGAAACGAUUGACUUGGUCAUUGACGAUGUCGUUGACAUUGAUGACACCAAUGUGAGCCUUAAAGGUCACGAGGAUAUUCCAUAUGAUGCAUUGGUGAUUGCUACCGGAGCAAAAUGGCCUGCCCCAGUUUUUCCUGAAUUCAAUGGAGACCGUACGAUCAAGGGGUUGCAAGACUAUUACGAGGACAGGGCUCGAGAAAUCCAUGACUCCAAGCAUAUCGCAUUUGUGGGUGCUGGUUUUGUGGGACUGGAGAUUGUCGGGGAGCUGGCCCAUAAGUACAAGGACGACAUCAAGAAAGGCGAGAGGUCAAUCACCAUCUACCAUGGCCGCAAGGAACUACUGGACUCUUCUUACGGAGAUGAAAUCAAACGAAAAAUUCAGAACGAUCUUGCAGGCUCGGGAAUCAAGUUUGUCUUUGACACAAAGGUUGUAUCAAACGAAAAGGGUGAGGGCAUCAUUGAGAAGUCUGGUGACAAGAUUGUCGCUGAUAAGAUCUACUUCACCACUGGUCCCGUUGCCAAUCCACCAUCAAACAGCAUUGCUGGUUUAGUUGAUGGACGUAACCAGGUGAAGAUCGAUGCCACUCUCCGAGCUGUUGGUGCUCAAAGCGGUAAAGUUUUUGCUCUGGGCGAUGUUACCGAUUGGCCACAAAAAGUGCUUCAAACCGUCACCCCAUUCUCUUCAACAGUUGCUCAUAAUGUUGAUGCCUUCCUACGGGGCAAAACCGAUGUGAAAAAGGUCGCUCAGCCUUCUCAAUGGUCGCGGGCUGGUGUUUCCCUGGGCCCAAAUUCGGGCUACGGUCAGGUGCCAGUCCCGCUUUUGGGAUACAUCAAUAUUCCAAGAGCACUCUUGGUUAGGGCCAAGUCGAAGCAGAUGUUCACCGAUAGGCUGGUACAAUUUGGCAAGCUUCGCUGA